UAUGAAAUGCUAUAACAGCACGGCCGAUUUUUUUGCGGAAAUGAAUAAUUUCCAUUUCGAUACAAAACCAAAUACAAGCAACCUGUUUUUAGCGAUUUCACUGAAAAGGAAUGAUGAAUUCGUGUUAAGCGUGAACAUUUUACAUAAUCUGAACACUGUUUUGGUAAGUGAAGGUAUUGGGUUUCAACAUCCUUGUUGUAAAGUUACACAAGGCCCAGGCAUACCGGACUUUAGCGUAAAAAGAAAUGAUCAUAAAGAAAUCUAUCUCACAGAGCUUCUUCCUUCUCAGCAUAACAAUCCAACAGUAUUACAGUCGUAUGCCCAUGUAGUUCCACAAGCGAAACAAAAUAAUUACCUUCAAAGCCCAGGUUCUUCAACAGCGCAACAACCAUCAUCAAUUCAGUUUCGAAACUUCAAGUAUGAUGGUUUUAGAAAUAUGACUUAUUUAGGAUAUGGGAGAAGUGGAAAACAUUCCGAUGUGAUUUCAGGAUUACGAUAUAGCCCUAAAAGUCGCCAUUUUAUCGAAGUACGAGUAUCUUUUACCCGAACUAAUAUUCUCAAAGACAUAUACCAAAACUAG